AUGGCGGUGGCGGCGGCGGCGGCGAUGACGGCGGCGGGCUGCGCGGGCGCUGGGGCGGCCCGCUCCCUCUCUCGCUUCCGAGGCUGCCUAGCCGGCGCGCUGCUCGGGGACUGCGUGGGCUCCUUCUACGAGGCGCACGAUACCGUCACCCUGACGUCAGUCCUGCGUCACGUCCAGAGCCUGGAGCCGGACCCGGGCUCGCCGGGGAGCGCGCGGACAGAAGCAUUGUACUACACAGACGACACAGCCAUGGCCAGGGCCCUGGUGCAGUCCCUGCUGGCCAAGGAGGCCUUCGACGAGGUGGACAUGGCUCACAGAUUUGCUCAGGAGUACAAGAAAGACCCUGAUCGGGGUUAUGGUGCUGGAGUAGUCACUGUCUUCAAGAAGCUCCUGAGCCCCAAGUGCCGUGAUGUCUUUGAGCCUGCCCGGGCCCAGUUUAAUGGGAAAGGCUCCUAUGGCAAUGGGGGUGCCAUGCGGGUGGCCGGCAUCUCGCUGGCCUAUAGCAGUGUCCAGGACGUGCAGAAGUUUGCCCGGCUCUCAGCCCAACUGACACACGCCUCCUCCCUGGGUUACAAUGGCGCCAUCCUGCAGGCCCUGGCCGUGCACCUGGCUUUGCAGGGGGAGUCAUCCAGUGAGCAUUUCCUCCAACAACUCCUGGGCCACAUGGAAGAGCUGGAGAGUGACGCCCAGUCUGUCUCGGAUGCCAGGGAGUGAGUAUGUGGGAUGGAGACAGGCUGGAAGGAUCUGAGAGUAUUGGCUUGGGGUGAGUGGCCAGAAGAAGCCUGGGGACAUAGAGAGUGGGUGAGUGCUGUGUCCCCAUACGUUGGCUUCCCUACAGGGAAUGGCAUUGCUGCCUUUGAAUCUGUGCCCACCGCCAUCUACUGCUUCCUGCGCUGCAUGGAGCCUGACCCUGAGAUUCCCUCUGGCUUCAACAGUCUCCAAAGGACUCUUAUCUACUCCAUCUCACUGGGGGGGGACACAGACACCAUUGCCACCAUGGCCGGGGCCAUUGCUGGUGCCUACUAUGGGAUGGAACAGGUGCCAGAGAGCUGGCAGCAAAGCUGUGAGGGCUACGAAGAGACAGACGUCCUGGCCCAGAGCCUGCACCGGCUCUUCCAGAAGAGUCUGUGA